UAGUUUAAGAAAAGACUAUUUUGGAUAUAAGAGGAAUAAGUUAUACAUUCUGUUAUGGAGUGAAUUUUGUCUUUAAUGUUACAUCAUCAUGUCUACUUCACUAAUGUGGCCUGAGCAGAAAGACACCUGUGCCUGAUUAGAGGCUGUUAUUUGGUCUCACAGUGAGUUCCUCUCAUGUCUUCAGGCCGUGCUUCUCUCUCUCUAGUCUCUGUUUAUCUGUUCUUCCGGCCACCCACACUCAUGCUCAAAUUUUGGCCCAAAUCAGCGCCCAACCAAACAAGAUUUUAGACUACACAGUUUCUGCCCUUGACAGGUUGUUUUGCCCUUCUGAGAUGAUCACAAACACUCCCCAGAGUCCUUUGGCAGGACCUGCUUAGCUUCAUUCCAUUUUCCUGCAAAUGAUGAUAAUUGGCUUUAUGAUUCAGGCCUUGAGAAUUUGUUUACACCUUAACUUAGUUAGACUGAAUUGUAGUUUUUCCAUGAGAUGAAAUGACUAAAAACAUAUGGCAUUAUGUGACCACAUUGGUUCCACAGGUUGUGAUGGAGGCCAAGGGUGAUUAUCAUAUACGCUGCAAAAAAAGAAAAGUUGGGUGAACUCAAAAUUUCAAGGCAACAAACUUCAGAUUUUUGUCAACUCAGCUGUAAAUUGUACUAAUUUAUAAUUUUACAUUGUAAUAACUUUUAAUCCUUACUUCUGCUAACUUCUGCAAUGUGCUGAAUUGGCACGAUUGUAACGCCGCUAUGAAAUGUCAGCUAAUGUUGCGACCACAAUUUUGAGUUAGCAUUGAUACGCUAAUGGCUACUCUUGUAGCUGUAACAAGCAGCGCCACUAGCAUCAGUUAGCCGCUAGCUUUCGCUAAUGACCGAAUUUCACAACAAAGAAAUAAGAGUUAUCAGAACUAUUGUCCCUUGUUGUGAACCCCAACUUAAAGAUAUAAGUAACAACAACUCACCAACUUGUUUUUGAGCAGACAACUGGCUUCCUUUGUUGUGCUAACUUACAUUAUUGCCCUAAAUGUCAAUAAUUUAUAUUUCCAAGUUUUACCAACUUAAAUCACUGUUUUAGGCCAAAAAAUACAAGUUGGCUUUUUUGCAGUGUAGUGUACGACUGCAUGCUAAAGCUGUCAACUUAGAAUGAAAUACUUGAGGCUGAAAAGGCCCAUUUCCAGCUAUUUUAUGCAGAUCAUCUCUGUUCGAGAUAGGCCUGGCUAUAAUGGAAGUCAUUGUGCCUGCUUGCCUUGUGAGUGAGUUGGGAUGAACUGCAUAGUUGAGGUUAAGCAGCAGCGGCUGGCUCUGUUGUUUUUGUACAGCCCACCAAAGCACCCAUGAGAAGCUAGGAGGUCCAGGCUGAGCAGAGGAAGCCAGUGGCAUGUCCUCUACCCCUCUGGUUCUCAGGAUGCAGGAUGGGCUGAUCAAUAGGACCGCCUGCCUGCGUCUAGACUCCUCUAGCUGCUUUGGACCGUACCUCAAAGGAGAGGCUUGGGAAACUUUUCCUUCUUGUACACUGUAAAUAUUUUGCCUCCUUUACCCGCUCUCUCAUGCUGCUUACCAAGUGUGUUUCCCCUGCUCAGAGCACACACCCCUGUUCUUUUACCUCACUGUUUGAUCUUUGAUGCAGGCCUGGCUGUUUCAAGAAUAUCAAAGACUACUGUAGCUUAUCCUUACCAGCAGGACAAGUCUAGGCCUACUUUUAAAAGCUUGACUCGUGUUAUUUUCACAGGGGUUUGAAGAAAAUGUGAUCUAGGAGGCUGACUGUACAACCAAAAAAAACUGAGCAGAAACCAUAAGUUUGGCCUCAUGCAGUGAAAUGUUUUCUAAGCUAUUUCAUAUUCAGUGAAUGGCAGAAAUGCAGUGACAGAGCUCAAACCAGUGUCACAUCAUGCUUUCUAUUCUGGCAUGUUGUUGAGCAGCAGCAGACAGACGUAGUGAUGUCUCCUUGUUUACUAAUAGCACUGAUCCUGUCAUCAUGCUGUCAUGUGACUGCUGCUGUGGUUGAGGGCGAGACAGCUGAGGAACAUAUAAGAGGAAUAGAGAUCUCACAUUGAACAUUUCUGUUUUCUUUUACUGGCUGAGGACUGUUUUAUAAGGACACAAGGAUCAGCUGUGAGGCUAAAAGUGAUGAUAGAACUCUGAAUCUCUUCAUUUGAUUCUCUGAACUUCUUUGCCGUGACGCUAACUGCCAUUUUCUUCUUCUUCACCCUCCUGCCUGCAGGUGAGCGGCCACCAGCCUGCCUCCUGCAGCUUUCUGGUGUUAUGGAUGCCUGUGCACGUAUUAGAGGAGUCCCAAUAAGGUCCAGGACCUCUGUCCGGAAAGAGACUGUGCGUGACAGUGGGCCGCAGUGUGUGAAGGGCCUGUUUAGGAAUAAAAAGGAGCUAUGCAGUGUUGACCUAGAGCUGCCAACCAGAGACACCACAAGACUGACAGAGAUUCACUUUGUGUGUCUGCCUGGUCACUGUGAGGGGGAAGAUGUCACCCAACAGGCUCUGUUAUCUAUGCCAGGAGGGCUGUGUGAGCUUCUCCGGUCGCUCCACGUUCACAGCCUGAAGAAUGAGGAGGUUUUGCUGCUCAAAGACUCCCGUCGGCUGGCAGAGCACAGGGACGCCGGCUAUCAGUGUUGGUUAAAGGCCGUGUGUGUGCUGAGGCACAAUCCCAGCACCAGUGUCUAUCCUCAGGCCAGUGUAGCGUCUCUGGUGGGCCUGCUGGGCUGCUACAUGGCAGGCGUACGCUAUGCUCUGGAGCUUCAGGCCUUUCAGAGGGGCACAGCUGAGCCCAGCCAGACGGAGGAAGACGACACCAACCAGUCAGUCUCAUCGAUCGAGGACGACUUUGUCACAGCCCUGGAGCAUCUGGAGGAGGAUGACACAGCAGACAAUCCCUCUUCUUCUUAUCGCCAUUUUAAAAAGCGUGAUGUGGCAUCCCAGACGAUCCCAGCCCACAAGAGAAAAAAGGAAUUAUCAGGUUCCCGCAUUAUCAUAAGCUCAUCCUCUAAGAAGAAUUCAGCCAAGCAUAGACCUGGUCCAGACGUGUCCGUCACAGUGCAGAGGUCCUCAGGCGUGGAGUCCCAGUGGACGUACUGCAGCCCUGGAGUCCGUAUCCCCUCGCCUUUGAUUCAUGUCAGUGAAUCGGAGGAGUCCGACUGCUCCAGCCCCAGCCCAAUCAUCUUCCUGGACGAGGUGGGCUACCAGAAGAGCCUGCUGGCCAAACUGGAUAUCCCUCAGGUGCCGGGGGGGCCCAGAGAGCGUGUUGAAGACUCCGAUUCUGAAGUCAGUGAAUUCUUUGACAGCUUCGACCAGUUUGAUGACCUCGAGGAGCUGAGCUCAGAUAACUGCACCCUUGCACUCCCUCUGGACGCCAUCAGUGCCCCGACCACACAGAGCCAGACCAGUGGAUCAGGGUCUAAAUACGUUUCUAGAGGCUGCUCAACCAAGGGUAUGAAUCCUCAUCGCUUUGAUCAACCCACUCUCCCCGCCAAUGUGAAAAAACCCACUCCUCUGAAGCCAGGUUCCCCCUACUCACUUCACUCUGAGGUGCCUGACUCUCCUCGACCCGUGCAGACCCCCUCUGAUGAGAAUGGCGGCCCACUCUUCAGUCCUGUCAGCUCAUCAGCCUUCAGCCCCUUGGUGGACUCUGGUGGACCUCUCGAAUAUUUCUGGAAGGCAGAUGAAGAGGGUCGGGACGGCUCAGAGCUCCGUAAGCCCAAGGAUCUCUGCUCUCUCUAUAAGACUUAUUCAGACUUCGCCAGCAGUCUGUCCAAAGAAAUCCUGGGAUCUGUGUGUGGAUACCAGUCUGCCGUCGACAUUAGUGACAACAAGAAUCUCAGCUGCGUCUGCCACAAAGAGUUCACAAACCCUUCAGGCUACCUGAUGAAGCUCUCAGAGAUACAAGAGACUGUGACGGUGGCCACGCUGCAGAAGAAGUCCCAGUCUCUGAAGGAUGGCAUUCAGAGGUUUGCCACUGAUCUGGUGGAGAUGAGUCUGGGCAGCGCCCUGCGAGACCUACAGAAAGGCGUGUCCACCUGUACCACCACCUUGUGUCACCUUGCCGCUCGGCUCACCUCGUCAGUGUUUCAGAUGGCCUUCCAUGAGAUCGGGAUGCGCCACGCCUAUGUGUUGAAAGAACGAGCAGUCAAUGGAUUAGCUGGCUUCCUGGUUGGAGAGGCUAUGUCUGGGGCACUGAAGGAGUUCCUGACAGUGAAGAAGCAGAUUUUCCACAACACGGUGACACGUUUCGCUGCUGAUCUGGCUGAAGAGCUGGUGUUUGAAGGUAUUAUGGAAGUGUGUCAGUUCUCCCACCCUUCAACCCCUCUCACCCCCAGUGAUUGGUCCUUUGGCCACGGGCAAGAGGAGCAGGAGGAAGAGGAGGAGGUGGUUUCCUCUUAUGCUUCAGACUUGUCUGAGUCUGUGAUCCAAGAGGCCUUCAUAGAGCUGUCUCAGGCUGAUGUUGCCUUCACUAGUCAGGCGGCCAUUAGCGUGUCUCUGGACAACAUCUGUUACGUCAGUGCAGAGAACACCAGCGCUCAGACCUGCAGUACCUUUGCUAACCAGCAGGUUUUAAGUGCCAGCUCAGCCUCAGCGGCCCCAGGGCCCUCCGGGGAGGAUGCUACCUGCACGGUGAAGAAAGCCCUGUUCACUGUAUCGGGCAUGGCCAGCUGUAUUCCUGUGCCCAAAGCAGGCCAAGCCCUCUCCCACCUGCAGGACUCUGAGGAGACUGUGCAGUAUAACUAUUCCCCCAAGGCCAGCCCCAAGAGAAUACCUGCAUCUUCCUCUGACAGCACCACAUCGUCACACACUCACCGUCACAGCCAUGGAACUCAGACCCCCAUACCCGGAGAAGAUCCCUCCCAAGGAAAGUCUCCAUUCCAAAGCUUUUCAGGCAACAUGGUGGAUAUGAUAGUAACUGAGGCCUGUGAGCUAAUAACUGCUUCCAAGAUGAAGAAGAGCUUUGGUGACUGUGCUGAUUUCUUUACAAAGACAAUCGGAAGCAGAAGGGACUCUUCUUCAAAUUACGAUGCUCCAGAUUCUCCUUCAAAGCAGGGAGCUGGCUUUAGAUACGACUGUAGAGAUUCUGGGUAUAUUAGGAAGGCUGGCCCUGUUGAGCAAGACAUUCCUCACAUUUCCUUUCAGGCUGGCCCUCAAAGCCUGGGGAGAUCCAGCUGUGAGUUGGACGCCAGGCCCAGAGGUGUAACUGAAACACAUCCUGUAAUGAUGGAUACUCUUGAUGUGCCGGGUACCGACCUGGGUGGACAGAGGAGGAUAGCUGUUCAUGACCGUGAUGACUCGGCUCCAAGCUCCGGACAGAAAUCUGGGGGCACUCCUGGGACCCCUCCUUCUACCCCUCAGCAGCCCAGUGAGGUGUCCAAGGAGAAGCAGAUAAAACAGUUCUCCAAGAAGCUGAAAAGCAAGCUGGCCAAGGAAUUCUCCCCUGCCACCCCUCCACCCACCCCCCACUAUCAGCCUGAGCCUGGCCCGGGGCCAAAAGACAUCACCCCCGAGGCAGACAAGGCUGAGUUUAUGCUCAAACUGAUGCGGUCUCUCUCUGAGGAGGCAGAUGGCAAUGAGGAUGAAGAGGAGGAAGAAUUGGCAGAAGAGGGUGUUGGUGGCGGUAACAGAUGUUUAGAGACCGGGGGUGGCCGGCACGAACUGAACCAGAUGUUCGCUCGCAGAGUGUCCAACAAGGAAGCUCUCCACUAUGCCGAGCGGCUGGCUUGCCACAUCGUCUCCAUGGCAACAGAGAUGGACACCCUGGGAGUGGCGGAGGAGGAGGGGGAGAUGAGCAAGGGCGGCGAGAAGAGGAGGGACAGCGUGGCCCAGUUCUCGGAGCAGACCCUGAACACGCUGUGGGUUUAUGCCGGGGAGGUGGCAGGAGAAGUCAUCAACGAUGUGAAGAGGAUGGUGACCUCUGCUCAGCAGUGUCCCUACCACAGAGGAGCUCUCAGGAGGAGAAGCUUUGAGAGAUCUAGCUCUGAAUGUCUGCAUCCGCCCCACCAACACCUGUCUCAACCCAGCUCAGACCAGAACAGGGACUGGAGGGUCGGGAGGCUGGCUGAGCAGUGGUCUAACGACCUGAUAGCCUCUGUCUUUAGGUCUCCCACCUCCACGUCCAGCACCAUAUCCAGCUCCAGCUCUGGACUGUCCUCGGAGUAUCCCAGCUGUGAGAGUGUGACAGAUGAAUAUGCUGGCUACCUCAUCAGGGUGCUGAAGAAAGAGGGGGGCAGCAGGGAGCUGGUCCUGGACCAGUAUGCCAGCCGUUUGGCCUAUCGCUCCAUAAAACUGGGAUUGGCUCAUGCCAGUCGCAAGAUCAAGCAGAGAUCCUCCAGCACUCGCCUUCACUCGUCCAAGUCGCUGCCAGAUGAGUGGAAAGCUUCUGGUAGUGAGGCCUCUUCACCCAAGGACAGAGGAGAGUCUGCCGUGUGUCCCUCGGGCCAGGACACUCAGUGCUGCUGCAGGGACUCUGCUGAGCAGGGUCAGAGGGAGUACAUGGACCUGGUCAACUUUGCAGAGUCUUUAGCUUACAACAUCACCUGUGACGUCACACGAAAGCUGCAUCUUUCCUCCGCACGACUGCCCAAGUCUCUCACCGACUCCUGUCUUUAUAAGAAGUCCAAACUUGAAGACAUGGCAGACAACCUCAUCAGGAACUCUUUCUCCUGCCCCCUGUUGUCCAAGGAGGGUAAAAGCAGGCAUUACCACAGCACAGGGAGCCUGAACGAAGGAGGCUACAGGAGCAGGGUGAUGCAGGUCAUCGAGCAUUACGCCAGGAAAAUAGUUGAUGACACUCUAAAGAUGAGCCUGGCGUCUGUAGGACACUCAUCCCGGGAGAACCAGAAGACCCAGGGCCAAGACAGACACUCUCACACCCAGAGGCUGUCUGAGGGGCCGUCGCUGGGCCAGGCCCUGGGGGAGAGGACCUGCCGGUACUGUCAGGUCCAGGAGUGCCCAUACUGCACCAAACUCAGCAGGCAUCACCACCAGCCCGUGUUACAGAGGAGGAAGAGGGGCCCAGAAUGUCAGGCCAGGGCUGAACGGCUCCCCAGCCUGGAGAUUCCCAAGAUCCACAUCGACCUGGACCACAGGGCCGUGUUUGCAGAGGAGAUGGUGUCCAUGGCGAUGGAGACGGCUAAACGUGAGCUCAGCAACACCAGCCUUAAUGCAGACAGCGGCAUCGGACAUGAUGGAACCAGCUACGCUGAGAGCCUGACGGCUGAGAUCAUGACAUCAGCCCUGUCCAACAUCUGCCAGACUGGAAACGUCAGCUUCCCCGGUCGGGAAGCCACUGAGUCCUCUGUGUCCCAGCAGCUGAGUGUCGGAGACGACAGUCUGGGCAGCUGGUCCAACCUGAGCUUUGAGGACGAGCAUCCUGACGACAACAGCAGCUUCCUCCACCUCAGUGACAGUGACAAUACAGAGGACAAGGAGACCGAGGUCAAAGAGGAGUCCAGUGGGACGCUGUGCGGGGACCGGACUCAGCUGCAGGCUCACAGGAACGCGCUGGUCAUCGUGAAUUCGGACAUCCGGGAGCUGGGGCGGGGCCCUCAUGAUGCGACCCUUGACCCCCAGCUCAGGAGCAUGCUGCAGUGGGUGGCGGCCUCCAUGGCUGACAUCCCUCACAUCCAGCUGAGGCCUGACAGAGAGCUGCAGCAGCUCCCUGCAGUGGUUCAAAGGCUCCGGGACAGGAAGUGGCGGGUGGGCGAGCUGCUGCACACGCUGCUGCGUUACUGUGAGGAGGGGCACACACACGGCCAGCCCCCGGCCAGGGAGGAAGCCCUGCAGGCGGGCAGAGAGGCUCACCGGACCCCCCUCUUCCAGUGGCUCCUGGAGCAUGCCUAAGUCCUCUCCACGGCCCCUAGAGGGCGCCAUACAGAUCAGCUGACCUGACCUACUCUGAUGAAUGUGGGCGGCGGGUGUGUGGCGUUGCAUGCUGUGACCAACAGUACUUCUGUUGUCUUUUAUUUUUCUUUCCACCUUCUGUUUUGUUGUGCAGUUUCCUCAUUAAUCAGCUGCAUCUCAUCACAUCGACGUGUUGAUUCAGUGAGCUGUCUCUCUCUCCCGCCUCCUCACCUCCACCCCUCAGCUACAGCCCUCACACCUUGCUGCCAUUGUGCUCCAGUUACAGAAAAAGGAGAGAAUAGAAAGAGAGAGAGAGAGAAAAUCCAUCCCAUCUGUUCCAGACGCAGACAGAAAUGCAGUGAGUUGAGAGAAAGAGAAUGUGUUUUUUGUUAGGGAAUCCCCAUAGCUGCUGGGCGGAUGAUGUCAUCACACCCACAGCUCACCUCUGUGGUGUUUCCACAUGUUAAGAGACCAACUGUACACACACACACACACACACACACACACACACCACACCCUUGUAUUAUCAGAGGGAAUCCAAGACACACUGACACUCCAUCAGUAAUAAUUCCCCAAUAGUGUUUAUUAUUGUAUUAAUCCACUACAGAAUGACUCUACUUGUUUGUCUCUGGAGCUCUGAAUGCGUCACAUUUGACUUUUUGUGCUGCCAUACAUCCAGACUGACGAGACACUGUUAUAGUUGUAACACUCAUAUCUUUUAGUAAUUUGCUGUCAUUUUGCAUUGAUGAUCAAAAUGGCCAUUUAUUUGGCGGUAGGAUGAUAAAUAUUAGCACUUGUUGAAGUUGCCUCUUGCCAGUAUUGGUGUUCUGUUUUAUCUAAUAACUGUAACACUGCGUGCUUAGCCUCAAUCUUCUCGGUGGUCAAACUUAGUAAAAUAUUUAGAGUGGAUGAUGUUUACCAGGGCGGUCGAUCGGUAUUAAAAAAAAGUCUAUUUUUUGAAGGUAGAGUGUGUCUAAUCAAACAUGAAAUGCUGCUCAAAGCUGAAUGAAAGAAGCCAUGAUGUUGCCAAAUGAAGAUGAUGAUAAAGGUGACUCCCCUCCCUCCACUCAGUCAGUAGUAGUGUGUGAUGAUGCGUGGCCCACCUCCACUUGUGGGGAAGAUCCAGUGACGCAGAUAGUGGAUCUUGUAGUAAUUAAAGACAUGUUCCGGUCUGCACUUCCAAAACCACACACACACACACACACACACACACACACACACACUAACAGCCUGUGCAUAGCUCAACCAGAACUCACACAUAUUGUCACCCACGCUCCACAGUCACCUUGUGGAAUGAAGAACACCACAACUUCCACACAGCACUCACCCUCCAACACACACCCCUGUUACUCACCAGCCCCCCAGCACUGCUGCUCGCUGCUUUGCUGAGAUGCACUUUUUAAAAAAAUGUUGGCCUGAGGAGCGGCUGGGCAUUCCCAGGCCUGGCCUCAGACCUCUCCUGGCCUCAGAGCUCUCCUGGCCUCAGACACUCCUGGCCUUCGCUGUGACUUCACUCACAGCAUGGACACUCUGUAAUCUCUGUAGACGGUUAAAGCAGCUACAAGGAACUUUGGUUUUGCAUUGAGUUUGUUGCCGACUGUGGACAGAAAUGAUUUUUUUCAGUGAGCUCCGAGCUCUUUAGGAAACCUCUUAUUUUGCUGCAGUCUGCAGCUCAGUCUUGGUUGUGGUUCUUCUGGGCCUCCUUUCCUUUCAGCGGUCCCAGCAAGACAGCAUGGGCCUCCAGCAAGGUUAUUAUAGUUAACGAAAACUAACGAAAUAACGAAAGAAGAAAGAUUUUCGUUAACUGAAAUAAAUAAAAAACUAGAGUUUUUAAAAAAAACGAUAACUAACUGAAACUGUAUUGUGUGGUUACAAAACUAACUAAAACUAACUAAAUUUAUUUGUGAAAAUGUCCUUAGUUUUCGUUUUUUCAUUCAUAAUUCAGUGUUUCUAUUUGAACAUGCAACACAUGGUGAAUAUGUUUACUGAGACUGGGAUGUUUACACUAGAACCAAAAUUCAAAACACCCAGAACUGUAAGAGUUAAUAACCUUAUUGGGGCUGAGAUGAUAAACCAAAGGAAAUAAAGGAAACAUUAAUUAUGACCUCUUUGAAUCUGGCACCCAACAUAUAGCCCAUUACAAAAAAAACUAAAACUAACACUCAAACUAAUAAAAACUAAACUAAAACUAAGCAUUUUCAAAAACUAAAAACUAAACUAAAACUAGAAAACUCACUCUAAAAACUAACUAAAACUAACUGAAUUUGAAGACAAAAAUUCACAACUAAAUUAAAACUAAAACUAAUGAAAAAUCCAAAACUAUUAUAACCUUGGUCAGAGCUCUGCUGCUGGCCUGAGGAGAAGCUGUUGCUGGCUCUGUCCCUGGUUGCUGUCGGAGGGCUGAGCUAAAGGAGGUCCUGGAGACCUGCAGGAUUUCCUCUGAUUUUAUCAAAAUCAGACCUGAUGGCACUGUGGCAGGGUAUUAAGAAUAACUAUUUGGAAAUAUAUUCUCCCUGAUGGUCUCGCCUACGUAUGUCGGCCAUAUAAAGGCAUCAAAAUGAAACUGAAGCGGUUUGAUUAACAGUUAAAAGUUCCCUAUAGGUGCUUUAACGUCCCCCUCCCCCGUUCCCCAAAGAAAGACUAUUAGGAUUCAUUUUGAUGCGGCUAUUUAUUUAUUGUUUUUUGAAUUUGGGACCUAAGGAUGACUGUUUGUUUGGGUCCUCACAUUUGUAGCAGGACUCUGUUGAGUUUGAAACACUGUAAUAUAGCACAGCCUCACAUCUCUUAUUAUAACCUCAGUGUUGUUGGUGGUGCUCACCUGCAUGGCUCAGUCUCCAUCAGCUUCUAAAGCUCAACAUUCUUCUUCUUCUUCUUCUUCUUCUUCGAUGUAUCGGCCCACACUAACUGAGCUGCAGUGACUCUGUGUCUGUGUCUACACUGCCUCACUGCAAAUGCCUUUAUGUCUGUUACUGCUUAACCUCUAGGCUGCCAAAUGGUUCUAUAAUCUUAAAGGUAUUUGUCCUGUAUGAUUUGUUUACAUGCAAAAAUGAAUAUAUCACAAAAUCCUCUAUUUAAAAAAAUAAAAUAAAAACCCAAAGUGAUACCCAAGUAAUACCUACUAUUAAAGAGUGAAAAGUGGAGCAUUAAGCUGAGAAGUGAGAGUGCAUCUAUCUUGGUUUACAUUAAAGGAAUGUAUUAAGACAUUAAGAGAGUGCAUCAGUGUACAAACCUCUCCCAGAGUGAAUGUUUAGUCGUUGAAGUAGGACUUUCCCAGGUUUUUUCCAUUGCCCAGCCCCCUUUUUUCUCCUUCUUUCUUCCUUUUAUCUACUUUACAUUCCUGUACAUCCCAGAUGACCUAUAGCUCUAUAUUGUUGUGUUUGUGAAAGCUGAAUGUGUUCCUGCAAAGACCGCAUUUAGAAGCAGAUACUGUAAAUCUGUUUUUUGCAACUUGUUGUUCCUAGUGUUACUUUCUGCCUCUCUCUGACCACAGAUGAAGAAAAACCUUAAAAAAUAUAUUAAAAUGAAAGAAAGAGAGAGAGAGAAAGAUACCUCACCUCCCCUCACUUCUGUAUUUUCCUGCUUCCUUGUAAAAUCCUGCCAAAUGAAGAUAUUUAAUAAAUUAUGUAAGUUAUAUAACAGUGAGUUCACUACCUGUUCUCCCUCGUGGCAUUGCUGAAUAGUUUACACAUUCUAAGCUUGAAGUCAAAAACUCUAAACUUGUUUAUGUUAAAGCUUGGUGUGACAAUAAAGCUUUUUCAUGUGCUCUUA